AUGGCCCAUAGCUUAUCAGGAUUAAAAGUAGUGAGAAAAAAUAAUUUCACUCCUUUAGAUUUUGGAAACAAUAAAAUUUCAAAAGGAUCGAUUGUAUUUGCUGAAGGUGUAUUUAACGAUAAUGACGAUAUUACUACUGAUAGACAGUCAAUGUCGAGAUUAAAUGCUAAUAAUGUGAAUACUUAGGGAUAGAGAAGAUUGAAGAGUGCAAAUCCAAAUUUACUAGGUGUCCAUAAGAUUCGACUAGACAGGCCAAGUACAUCUCAGACUUCAUUUUCCAGGUAGUUGAUGAAGGAUAUAGAUAAUGCACCACUAACUAGAAAGGAAUCAAUGUCUAAAUUUUAUAAAGAUCAUCUAAAAAAGUAGAUCGAGUAGUCAUUUCAGCCAAUAGGUCUUAAAACUUCAAAGACUAUAGCACAGCUUCUAUAGCCCUAAAUUAAACCUGAAAAGUAUUUUCACGAAAGAGUGGAGUAAAUAUAUUAGAAAAAUAUUAAGGGCAAAGAUGAGGAGGAUGCCCAACUUCUAGAUGAUAUUGUAAACAAAAAGGUCAGACGAACAUUUUUAAAGUAUAUCAAAGAUAACAAAAUCCGAAGAGAUUACCUCACUAAAGUUAUUUCAAAAAUAAAGGAAAACUAGGAAAAAAUAACAAACAAUUUCUCUGAUCCUUUUAAUAAAAAUCUAGAGAGUGUAAAUGAGGAAAAAUAUUUAAGCAAAUUUAUGAAUACACAGGACUUUUUGGAAAAUAAAAAGAACUAUAGGCGUAGAAUAUUGAUGUAAAGCAUGCAUGAAAACAAAUAUGGAAAGCUAUGGUCUUACAAUAAAUCAUCUGAACUUUCUAACAAAAAAUUAAUGGGCUCAACAUGCCAACUCAUCAAACCAAGUUCUGGUGCACCUGAAACAGGUGUUUAAUUCUAUCCAAGAAAGAAUAGAUACGAUUGA